CCGGAGGUCCCGGCUCCUCACGUCGGGAACCCCCGGUGAGAGCAGGAAAACACUCUGGAAUGUUCCUUUAAGUGGAGGGGAGGCGGGGCUCGCUGUCACUGCACCUCCGUGGAUCCGCGGGGCUUCUUCAGGCUCUCUGACAUGAAACCGGACCCAGACGGUCACCUCGCCUCAGAUCCGGUUCUCUCUCAGCCUCGAACCGUCCGGGAUCGCGGCAAGUGGAUUUCAAACCUGCGCACUUUGGUUUUUGACGCGUGAAUAAUUAGCCCAGUGGAUAUUUUUAGUUUCCUUUUGGAUUACAUCCGGAAACCAGGAGCGAUGUUCGCGUUAAUGCUGCUCAGUCUGACUGUGACGUCACAAACAGGCCUGUCAGUGGAGGUGUUUCGUGCAGGUGUGGCCCCUCGUUGCGAGAGCCGGGCCUGUAACCCCCGCAUGGGAAACUUGGCCCUGGGCCGUCGGGUUCUCACCCAGACUGUCUGCGGCAACAACAGCACUGAGUUCUACUGCUCAUACACUGACUCCUCCUCCAGCGUGGCCUGCAGCGCCAUCAAGUGUGCCAAAUGCAACGCUGGACUGCCUCUUGUUUCCCACCUGGCCAGCGCAAUGUCUGACUCCUCCUUCCGGCACCCCAACACCUGGUGGCAGUCAGCUGAGGGGGUGCAGUCUGAGACAGUGCAGUUGGACCUGGAGGCGCAGUUCUACGUCACACAUCUCAUUGUCGUCUUUCGCUCACCCCGGCCCGCUGCUAUGACCCUGGAGCGCUCGCAGGAUUUCGGCCGGACGUGGAAGAUGCUGCAGUUCUAUGCUAGAAACUGCAGCACCACUUUUGGACUGGAAGAAGGAAGAGCAGGUUCCGGCCAUGGUGGUGUGAUUUGUACCUCUAAGUACUCGGGGGCUCAUCCGUGCACACGUGGAGAGGUCAUCUACCGUACCCUCCCACAGUGGGAGUCCCUGGACCCGUUUGGGGUGGAAGGACAACAGCAGCUCCGAGUAACCAACAUCCGAAUCCGACUGCUGGAACAUCAGUUGUGUCCCUGUCAAGUGAAAGACUCCACCCAUGAACAUGAAGCUCUCCCCACUCGUCAUUUUGCCAUCUAUGACCUAAUAGUGAAAGGAAGCUGUUUCUGUAAUGGACAUGCCGAGCAAUGUGUUCCCACACUGGGAUACCGGCCCAUCAGAGAUCGGACUAACCAAGUGGUCCAUGGGAAGUGCGUGUGCAGACACAACACAGCGGGUCAUCACUGUGAGCGCUGCGCUGAACUCUACAAUGACCGACCGUGGCAGCCUGCUGAUGGCCUGACUGGGGCGCCACACGAGUGUCGGCAGUGUAAGUGUAAUGGACACGCACACAGCUGUCAUUUUGAUUGGUCAGCGUGGCGGGAGUCCGGACAGCGAACCGGAGGCAUGUGUGACUGUUUGCACAACACCGAAGGACGCCAGUGUCAGAACUGCAAGGCCGGCUUCUACAGAGAUCCACACCGACCCCAAACGGCCCCAGACUCCUGCAAACCAUGCAACUGCCACCCCUUGGGCUCCAUGCCUUUCCACCUGGCUGACAGCUCACCUUGUGACCCGUCCAAUGGAAACUGCGUUUGUAAGCCGGGAGUAGGCGGAGCCCACUGCGACAGGUGCAUGGUGGGAUACUGGGACUUCCACGACUAUGGUUGCCGUCCAUGUGACUGUGCAGCUGACUGUGAUCCUUUCACUGGAGACUGCAUGUUUGGCUCUGACCUUUACAACUUGGAGGGAAACUCCAGCCACCCGGUCCAGAUCUUCAGAGCCGAAGAGCUCUUCUCAGCCCUCCAUUAUUCAGAGAAGUGCGAGUGCAAAGAACAGGCCUUGACCAACAGUAAACUCUUCUGCACCAUGAACUAUGCAUACGUGCUGAAGGUGAAGGUGCUGUCAGCCCACGAUAAGGGCUCCCACGCUGAGGUGGAGGCCAAAGUUCAAAAGAUCCUCAGUCACAACACCAAGGUGAAGCUGCAGCAGGGUCAGGUCACCCUUUACCCAGAAUCUUGGACCGCACGAGGCUGCACCUGCCCCAUCCUCAACCCAGGGGUAGAGUACCUGGUGGCUGGACACUCGGACCGUAAACAGAGUCGGCUCUUGGUCAACAUGAAGAGCUUCGUGAAGCCUUGGAGAGCCAGUUUGGGACGGAAAGUCCUCAUGCUCCUCAAGAAAGACUGCAACUGGUAGAGAGCCAGUGAAAACUCUUGAGGACAGAUGGACAUGUGGACUGAGACUGUGCCUUCUUGUCUUCCAGAUGUGGAAUGUUGUGCAGCACACACCGGUGGGGGGGGUGGGGGGGGGGGGUGGGGACAAGUUUUAGGGAGAUGGCUGAAAGCCAUCUUUGCUCUCUUGUCCAAUGAAAGCAUAAGGCUACUGGCGGACUGCCUCAGAGAUGAAGAUCUUGCAUGAGUAGACAUUCUGCGCCGUGGCUGAGCGCUCUCUAUUUUGGGUUUCUGAACGCCCCCCUGGACCCGUUGACACACUGAAACCCAGCGGACUCGGUCUCUUCCUCUCUGCAGCACUUUAGCCUAAAAUGGACUGGUGUUCUGAGAGAAUGUGGACACACGGAGAGAGGCAGAGAUACAGCAUGUGACCCCUGACGCGGACGAUGGACAGAGCACGUCUAUUCUCUGUGUGGACACGUACAGAGGCUGAAGCAUCCCCAGUGAUACCGAAUAAGCCAUACAAGCCACUGCAGGCGGUCAGAUCUCAGCCAGUCCAGGGUGUCGGUGUUGAAUUGGGGUUUGGCAUUUCACCCCAACGUGAAUGUACAGUAUUUGCCUGUUCUGAAAAUGUGCAGUUGUGUAAGAGCGAACGUUUGAAUUCAGAGGUAUUUCUGAGCACGGUCCAGCUCUGUUUGUUUUUGUCUACCAGUGGUUUUGUACACACUGAAAAUAUUUCCACGUAUACACAUAAUGACUUCUCCUCAUAUGAAUUCACUAAAUCACUCUUAUUCUUUU